UACAUAUGCCUAAGGCAGGGUCUUAAACACGUAAAGCCUAAGCUACUGUUUCAAAAUCAGCCUCAUCUUUUUUCCUUGAGUUACUUCCGUUCUCUCCCUCCAGACCUCCCUUACCACCAGAGUCUAAUUACUCUUGUUUCCUCGACUGUUUCUCCACAAAACAAUGGCGGUGUUUUUCUUGUUUCUCUCUAUCUUUAUGUUUGCUUAUAUCUGGAGAUUCAUCAUACGAAACCGUCAUAUUUCUCCAUCGCCAUCUACUCCUUCCACCUUAACCACCGCCCAGCCACAAGUAAUUAAACAUGAUCUCUUCCUUAGUUUCAGGGGAGAAGACACCCGUGUUGGUUUUACCAGCCACCUCUAUGCUGCUUUGGACCGGAAACAAAUCCGAACUUUCAUAGAUUAUCAGCUUCGGAGAGGAGAUGAGAUUUCGGCAUCACUUCUGAGAACAAUUGAAGAGGCCAAGCUUUCUGUGAUUGUUUUUUCUGAAAACUAUGCAUCUUCCAAAUGGUGCUUGGAGGAGCUUGCAAAGAUUAUUGAGCGUAGAAGAAAUAAUGGACAGAUAGUUAUUCCAGUAUUCUACAAGGUGGAUCCAUCCCAUGUAAGAAAUCAAACAGGAAGCUUUGGAGAUGCAUUGGCUAGAUUGAUAAAGAAGAAAGCUUUGACGAUGGACAGAGAGCAGAGCUUCAGAGACGCUUUGACGGAUGCAGCCAAUCUAUCUGGAAGGAGCUUAGGGAAUUCUUGAAAAGAUGGAAGAACAAUGUGUAUUGAUUGAGUGAAUGAAUAAAGACCUUAGGUCAUGUAUUUGUACAGCCAAGGCAUUCCUAUGAGUUAGGAAUGGGAACUACAUUACAGGAAAAUCAGCUACAAUAUAGGAACUAAAAUAGGAAAAUAAUAUGUACUGAUUAUCUAUUUCUAUAUAAAGAUAAUGUCAACAUU